GUGGCAGUCUCCGUUUGGGAAGUCUGGCUUUUCCGGACUCCCGCCCAGCGACCUGUGGGUCAUCUUGGCCCGAACAAAUAUGACAGUUGCUACAGUGGCAGCACUACUGGCAGCACUGGGUGGGGGGCUGUGGCUGGCGGCUCGGCGGUUCGUAGGGUCCAGGGUCCAGCGGCUUCCCAGCGGCAGGGCCUCCGGCCUCAUGCAGGGGAAGACCGUGUUGAUCACUGGUGCCAACUGCGGCCUGGGUCGCGCCACCGCGGCCGAGCUGCUGCGGCUUGGGGCGCGGGUGAUCAUGGGCUGCCGGGACCGCGCGCGUGCCGAGGAGGCGGCCGGGCAGCUCCGCCGCGAGCUGAGCCAGGCCGAGGGCCCCAGGCCGGACCCCGACGCCAGCGCGGCCGGGGAACUCAUCGUCAAGGAGUUGGAUCUGGCCUCCCUGCGCUCAGUGCGCGCCUUCUGUCAGGAGCUGCUCCAGGAAGAGCCUAGACUGGAUGUCCUGAUCAAUAAUGCUGGGAUCUUCCAGUGCCCUUAUAUGAAGACUGAAGAUGGAUUUGAGAUGCAAUUUGGAGUAAACCAUCUUGGGCACUUCCUACUCACCAAUCUUCUUCUUGGACUCCUCAAAAGUUCAGCUCCCAGCAGGAUUGUGGUAGUUUCUUCCAAGCUUUAUAAAUAUGGAGACAUCAAUUUUGAAGACUUGAACAGUGAACAAAGCUAUAAUAAAAGUUUUUGUUACAGUCGGAGCAAACUAGCUAACAUUCUUUUUACCAGAGAACUAGCCCGACGUCUAGAAGGCACAAAUGUUACUGUAAAUGUGUUGCAUCCUGGUAUUGUACGAACUAAUCUUGGGAGGCAUUUAAAUAUUCCACUGCUGGUCAAACCACUUUUCAAUUUGGUGUCAUGGGCUUUUUUCAAAACUCCAGUGGAGGGUGCCCAGACUUCUGUUUAUUUAGCCUCUUCACCUGAAGUAGAAGGUGUAUCAGGAAAGUACUUUGGGGACUGUAAAGAGGAAGAACUUUUGCCCAAAGCUAUGGAUGAGUCCGUUGCAAGAAAACUCUGGGAUAUCAGUGAGGUGAUGGUUGGCCUAUUAAAAUAGAAGUAAGAUGUAAAAGAGAGCUUUUUGUAAAACUGGAUAGCACUUGUAUCCAGGACCAGGA